GUCACGGCAGCCGCGCGCCGCCCACCUUCUCCCACCUCGUCCGCGUCGCGCCCGCCAGCCGCCAUCAUGCCCGUCGUCAAGGGAGGAGUCUGGACCAACAUCGAGGAUGAGAUCCUCAAGGCCUCCGUCUCCAAAUAUGGCCUCAACCAGUGGGCGCGCGUCUCCUCGCUGCUGGCGCGCAAGACGCCCAAGCAGUGCAAGGCCCGCUGGAACGAAUGGCUCGACCCCAGCAUCAAGAAGAUCGAAUGGAGCAAGGAGGAGGACGAGAAGCUGCUCCAUCUCGCCAAGAUCAUGCCCACGCAAUGGCGCACCAUCGCCCCCAUUGUCGGCCGCACCGCCAACCAGUGUCUCGAGCGCUACCAGAAGCUCCUCGACGAGGCUGAGGCCCGCGAGUCCUCCGGCCUUGGCCUCACCGGCCCCGACGGCGGCGAGACGCAGGCCCCCAGCGCCGACGACGUGAGGAGGCUGCGUCCCGGCGAGCUGGACCCUGAUCCCGAGACGAAGCCCGCCCGGCCCGACACCGUCGACCUCGACGAGGACGAGAAGGAAAUGCUGAGCGAGGCUCGUGCCCGUUUGGCCAACACGCAGGGCAAGAAGGCCAAGAGGAAAGCCCGAGAACGUCAGCAAGAAGAGUCGCGCCGCUUGGCCUCUCUGCAGAAGCGCCGAGAGCUCAAGACCGCCGGCAUCAACGUCAAGGUCACCACGCGCAAGAAGGGCGAGAUGGACUACAACGCCGACAUCCCCUUCGAGACAAAGGCCGCCCCCGGUUUCUACGAUACGUCCGACGAACAAAGGCGCAACGAGCACCAGCGCCAGGCGUUUGACCCUCGGAAGCAACAGCUGGCGACCAAGCGCAAGGGUGACGGUGACGAGGACAACGACCGCAAGCGGAGGAAAAAUGAAAAGGACGGCAUGUCAGAGUCGCAAAAGGCUGCCAUAAAGGCCGGUCAAAUGCAGAAACUGCGUGAGGCCGAGCAAAACAGCAAGCGGCGAGCUCUGAACCUGCCUGCCCCGCAGAUCAGCGAGGGAGAGCUCGAGGACAUCGUCAAGAUGGGCAAGAUGGGAGAGGCGGCCAACACCUUGGCCAGGGAGAGCGACAACGACGCAACGAGGGGUUUUGUCAAUGACUAUUCGACGGUUAACAACAGCGCCCCGAUCCGGACACCGAGAGCGCCCGCGCAAGAAGACCACAUCGCCAACGAGAUUCGGAAUAUACGCGCCCUCAACGAGACCAAGUCAGCGCUUCUUGGUGGCGAGAACACCCCGCUGUACGAAGGAGCGGCCUCCACCGGCUUCGAUGGCAUCGCGCCGAGGAAGCAGGUCGCCGCGACGCCGAAUCCCAUGGCCACGCCCCUGAGAGCAGGCGGGGUCGGAGCCACACCAGCCCGGCCAGGCCAGACGCCCAUGCGGACGCCGCGAGACACAUUUGCGUUGAACAGAGAGGACGGCGUGUCCAUGGUCUCGGCCACUCCCCGAGAUAUCAGGUUGCGGGAGCUGGCCGGCCGGAACGAGCUCCGGGCGGGACUCGCCUCCCUCCCGAAGCCAAAGGACACCGAAUGGGAAUUUGAGAUUCCGGAUGAGCAACAAGAGGCGGCAAUGACGGACGAGGCGCGGCAGGAAGACGCUGCCGCGCGGGAUCGGAGGGAGCGCGAGCGCAAGGCCGCCGAGGAAGAGCUUGAGCGCAGGCGCAGGACUCAAGUCAUGCAGCGCAACCUGCCCCGCCCGGCCGUAGUCAACCUGGACAACCUGUUGAACCAGGCCGGCCAAGAGUCCGACCCCGCCGCAGCCCUCAUCGCCAAGGAAACGGCAGUCCUCAUGGCCCACGACGCGGCCAGAUACCCGCUGCCCGGCUCCCAGGCGAAGGCCUCGGCCCGGCCCGUCGACCGCAUUGACGAUGCCGCCCUCGCAGACGCCCGCCUGCUCAUUCUCUCCGAGGCGAAGCCGCGUCCUCCCCUGGAAGAGAUACAGACCUACUUUGACGGUCGGGCAAAGGACUCGACACUGCUCGGCCUUGGGUGCUACAACGAUGACCCAGCGGAGCAGGAGGCCGCGAUGCGCGCUGGCUUCGAUGCCGUGCAAGACGCCAUCAUGGCGUCGGCAGAGCAAGGCGCCAAGCUGGAGAAGAAGCUCGGCCUCCACCUCGGCGGGUACCAGAAACGGCAGAAGAUGCUGCGGGACAAGGUCAACGACGCCUCGGACGCGCUCGAAAAGGCGCGCAACGCGCUCUGCGGGUUCAAGACGCUCGCCAUCUCCGAGGACGUGGCCAUCAACAGGCGCCUCGAGGCGCUGAGGGAAGAAGUGGGCUUCGUCAGCCGGCGCGAACGAGAGGCGCAGGACGAGUUUAGAAAGGUCCGCGACGAGCUGGAGGCGCUGCGGGCGGGCAAUGUCAAUGGGUAUCACUGAAUGGGUUUGGGGAUUACUAUCUUCGCAGUGAGCUAGCCCGUCCGUAAAACUUGGCGGCUGCAAGCAUGCGUGUACUUUAUAUCUGGGGGUAAAUGGGUACAAUGCCCCUCGGGACUUGGGCAUCCGCAAG